GACUACAGCAUAGGACAUGGGACUGUUUGUUCACUCACUUUCUGUGAAGAGAGUUUUGAACUGUGUUUUGAAUAGACAGCAUUUUCUUUGUGUGGUUGGUAAAUAACACAGAGCAAAGUUAGUCAGCAAGUUGCAUAGCUUCUGCAUUCUGAUUCUUUGGAGCCCUUUUGUACCAAGCUUGACAGGAUGUUUUUAACAGAAUGUGACCUCACUGGGAUACCAGAGAACAGAAUAAGCAGAUCAGAUCCAGUUGUUCAUCCAAAUCUGAGAAGCAGCAGUGCAAGAAUUGGAGCAGUGGCAAGACCAGGUGACAACAAUCUUCUGGACACCUGUACUCAAUCACUGGGUAAAGAGAAUGAAUUACAGGGUUAUCUGUUAAAUCAGACAAGGCAUCUUGGGCUGAGUGACGGAUUUGGUCCUUUGGAAUCUGCACAUAUUUUCACCUGGAAACACUCAAAGAUGGAUGCAGAUGGGGAAAAUAAAAAGCUGCGCACACGUUCAAAAGGAACCAGGGUUCAAGUGGACUCUAUAGCUCAAGAGCUCAGUGCCUACAAAUGCUCCAUGGCUAAGAAGAGAAAAGCUGAAGAACAGAUAUCAGGUGUCCCUGUCAACAAAAGGAAGUCCCUGUUAAUGAAGCCCCGCCACUACAGCCCCAGUUUGGAAUGCAAAGAAGAAAGUGAAGACAGGUCAGACUUACAGGAAGACAUCAGUGUCCUCGAAAGCAGCUCAACUUCAGAGGAAAGUACUCCAAAAUCAUCUGAGGAAACCCUUCAUUCAGGUGGGCAUGAAAAUUCCAGUCAAAGAAAAGAUAACUACUCCAGCUAUCAAGAUGCUGUGGCCUCAUCUCUGAUAAACAAGGGAAAAUUAGCAAAAGAUGCACCCAGUCGAACAGUGGCUGAAAAUCUAAAUGACAGUGGCAUUCAAUCCUUAAAAACAGAAAGUGAUGACACUGAUGAAUGUUACAUGAUUAACUCAGCUGAAGGAAAGGCAAAGACUGUUAUUUCUGGCACAAAAUACUGUUCAUCUGAGGAAAAUGAAAGUAACUCUGAAACUAUGGACAAUGAGUGGGACAGCUCCUCGAAUUUCUCAGAAGAAACUAGUAUAAAGCCUCUUGUAACUCCGAAGUACAUGGUAGAGUGUAAUCAGCCUAGCAUCCUGGAAGUCCCAGAAAUUAAGAAGGAAGAGGUAGAUUUUGGCCCCUGUGAAACACUUUGUGACUCAGAAACAGAACUAAGAGCACCCCAGGAGUCUCACCCAGAUCCUUUUGAUAAAAGAAUUCAAAAUCCCUUCCCUGAAAGUGAAGAAGAUGACAAUGAGUGCCUGUCAGAAAUCACAGAAGUGUCAGUUGAGCUGGACAAAACAAAAGGGAACUUGAGUUUGCUAGAACAAGCAAUCGCUCUGCAGGCAGAGCAGGGGCAUGUGUUUCACAGCACCUACAAGGAACUGGAUAGAUUUCUUCUGGAGCAUCUAGCAGGGGAAAGGAGACAAACCAAAGUUACCGACAUUGGUGGGAGACAAAUAUUUAGCAACAAACAUUCACCCAGGCCUGAAAAGAGAGAGACCAAAUGCCCCAUCCCAGGAUGUGAUGGCACAGGGCACGUGACUGGGCUGUACCCUCACCACCGCAGUCUCUCGGGCUGUCCACAUAAAGUUAGAGUGCCACUAGAAAUUCUUGCCAUGCAUGAAAAUGUUUUAAAGUGCCCGACCCCAGGAUGCACUGGGAGAGGACAUGUCAACAGCAAUCGCAACACACACAGAAGCCUUUCUGGUUGUCCAAUUGCUGCAGCUGAAAAGUUGGCAAUGUCCCAGGAAAAGAACCAACUCGAGUCUCCAAAAGCUGGGCAGUGCCAUGAUCAAACUCACAGGACAAAUUUAGCAAAGCAGCCUGCAGUAUCUCAGUAUGACUACAGAACUUCACAGCCAGUAACCUCCUCUAGAGCCACCCUGGGAAAAGAACAGGAGAAGUUUGGGAAAGUACCAUUUGAUUAUGCCAGCUUUGAUGCACAAGUUUUUGGCAAACGCACAACAGCACCUGUGACACAUGGACGAAAAACACCCCAGUUCCUUGAAUCAAAGCAUUUUUCAAAUCCAGUGAAAUUUUCUAAUCGACUGCCUAGUGCUAGCGCCCACACACAGAGCCCUUGCCAUGCCAACUCUUAUAGCUACGGUCAAUGUAGUGAAGACACCCACAUAGCAGCAGCUGCUGCUAUCCUGAACCUUUCCACCCGCUGCAGGGAAGCAGCAGAGAUCCUCUCCAGCAAACCACAGAGUCUGUCUGCCAAGGGAGCUGAGAUAGAAGUGGAUGAAAAUGGCACUCUGGAUUUGAGCAUGAAAAAGAACCGAAGCCAAGACAAAGUUAUGCCUCUCACUUCUUCCAGCACAGCACUUCCCACUCCUUCCUCUUCUCCUUUCAAAACAAGCAGCAUCCUGGUAAAUGCAGCCUUCUACCAGGCUCUUUGUGAACAGGAAGGCUGGGAUACACCCAUCAACUACAGCAAAUCCCAUGGCAGAAAAGAAGAAGAAAAAGAGAAAGAUCCAGUAAGUUCUCCAGAAAACAUGGAGGAAAAGAAGUAUCCAGGAGAAGUCUCCAUACCAAGUCCUAAACCCAAGCUCCAUUCAAGAGAUCUCAAAAAGGAACUCAUCACCUGCCCAACUCCAGGAUGUGACGGUAGCGGUCAUGUAACAGGAAACUAUGCCUCACACCGCAGUGUUUCUGGGUGCCCACUAGCUGACAAGACAUUAAAAUCCCUUAUGGCUGCUAACUCUCAGGAGCUUAAGUGCCCAACACCUGGCUGUGACGGCUCUGGCCACGUGACAGGGAACUAUGCAUCCCACAGAAGCCUAUCUGGUUGUCCUCGUGCCAGGAAAGGAGGUCUCAAAGUGACUCCUACCAAGGAUGAAAAAGAAGACCCUGAACUUAAAUGUCCAGUGAUAGGCUGUGAUGGCCAAGGUCACAUAUCAGGUAAAUACACUUCUCAUCGCACUGCUUCUGGUUGUCCUUUGGCUGCCAAGAGACAGAAGGAGAGUCCUGUCAAUGGGUCUUCACUAUCCUGGAAACUGAACAAACAAGAGCUGCCACACUGUCCUUUGCCAGGCUGCAACGGGCUGGGUCAUGUUAAUAAUGUUUUUGUCACCCACAGAAGCCUGUCUGGUUGUCCUCUGAAUGCACAAGCCAUAAAAAAGGGCAAAAUUUCGGAAGAAUUAAUGACUAUCAAGCUUAAAGCAAGUGGUGGUAUUGAGAGUGAUGAAGAAAUCAGACACUUGGAUGAGGAAAUAAAAGAAUUGAAUGAAUCCAAUCUUAAAAUUGAAGCUGACAUGAUGAAACUUCAAACCCAGAUCACAUCUAUGGAGAGCAAUUUAAAAACAAUAGAAGAAGAGAACAAACUCAUAGAGCAGAACAAUGAGAGCCUGUUGAAGGAGUUAGCUGGCUUAAGCCAAGCCCUGAUCUCCAGUCUCGCUGACAUUCAGCUUCCACAAAUGGGGCCAAUCAGUGAGCAGAAUUUCGAAGCAUAUGUAAAUACACUCACAGACAUGUACAGCAAUCUGGAACGGGACUAUUCCCCUGAAUGCAAAGCUCUGCUGGAAAGUAUCAAACAGGCAGUGAAGGGCAUCCAUGUGUAGGAUGUGAAAGCUGCUGGGCAACAAAAAUUACUUAACAGCAGUAAACUCCAGAUGGAUCUGUUAGGGGUUCAUGUACUGCUAAGGGGUGUAGGUUGCCAUGCUGCAUUUACAAUUGCAACAUUGCACUAAUUUUUUCCCAGCUGACAUAAAAAAAAAAUGUAAUAAUAAAAACACAACAGACUAUUUGUAUUAACAGCAAUGCACUCUGUUAGUAUACUGUAUUUAUUUCAGUACAAUUCCUUUUUUUUUUCUUCUUUUGCACUCAGUUUUUUGUAAAGUGAAUGUAAAAAGUGUGUGCAACUAUUUUUUAUAUUUUUUAUUUAUUUCUAAUCAAAGAGUUGUUUUUUUUAUCUUUUAACAGCAUUUUUGCGGCCUGCCAUAUUUUUACAAAUGUGUUUAUUAAUUUAUUUUCCAAUGGGAUUUUCAAUAGACUGAAAGCUAUACUGUAAAUUAAAUAACUUGCUGGGUUUGUACAGGAAGAAAAAAAACUAUGAAAGUAACAAAUGACUGAACCGUGGUUCUAGUUUUAUUUUCUUCACAUCCUGCUUUUUUAUAAUGGUUUUGUAUCAGAAGUGGGUUUGCAGUAACAUGAGAUGUGAAGAUGCAUGGAAUGAGAAGAUAAAUGGUGCCCACUAGUGGGGAAUUUGGGCUCUUAAAAGCACAGUAUGCUGGAAAACAGUGUGUUAAAGAAUAUGUUAGCAAUAAUGAAAUAUAGCAAUCAGCAAAGCACUUGACUUGGCUGUGUGAUUUAGCCUACGCGAAUGGUCAUUUAAAAUGUUUCAAGAGAACUUCAGAUUUAUUUUACCACUGCAGUUUUUUUCAGGCUUAGCUCAUGGAGGGAAAGGAUAAUUAUCUCUAAACAAGAAGAAUAAUUUGAUAAGAGUGGUACUUUUUUAGUACAAGACAUUGAGUUUUUAACCAAGUGACCAGUAUUGUUGUGGAUUUGGAUUUGAAAAAUGCAAACACAUCCCAAGCUGAAGGCUUUGUGCAUAAGUGGAUCAAACACAUCUCCCCUGAAAUGGCAUUUAAUACUGGUUUGAACAUAACAGCAGCUGAGAAGGCAGCGGUCUGGAGAGGAAUAACACCCCUCCGGCCCAAUGGUGGUUGCUUUUCUCUUUGAACGAACGGUAGCAACACCAUGACUGGUUUCUUCCAUCUUUCUUUACUAAGACUAGGCUGAUAGUGAAUUUGUUACCAGUCUUUCAGUAGGGUACCAAGCACUUGUGCAGAGGCGCUGGCGUGUGCCUCAGUAUCUGGUUAGCCUGGCUGCGGAACUUCUGAAUCCGUCAGAAAGUAGCGGUUGCUAUAACAGAGGCAAUGUCUAUUUCAGGGAUUGUAAGUAAUUAAGCAUUGUUUCAAAAGUUUUUUUUAUAUUUAUUUUUUUUAAGAAAAAGGUAUAAACAACCAGCUAAACUGCCUUUUUUGUAUGCACACACACCUCAUGUGCAUAUGUGCCUCAGUGUAAAUGUAUACAUGGAUCUAGCGUGUGUUUAAUUUUUCCGUGCUAUAAUGAAAGUGUUUAUUUUUAUUAGCCUCACUUAUAUUUAGAUUGAAUAUGAUGGCAUUCAUAGGCUUGACAUAUACAAUUAUAUUAUUACUGUUCCUGCACAAAAGUACUAUUCAAAAGUGAUUCGACUCUCAUGCACUGUGGUCACUGUUCUGCAUUAGGUGGGGCUUGCUUUUUGUUUGAGAGUUGAUUCAGCUCUCCAAUCUUAGUUUAGACAGGGGAAAAUGUAUGUUCUUAGGAGCUGUGUUUAUUUUUCAAUCAAUUUUUCAAAAGCUACCAUAUGUGCUGUCUAAUAUAAAUAGAAGGACACCAAACAAAAAUUUGCUAUUAAAGUUAUUGUUCUUGCUAAAAAAAAAAAAAGCAAACAUUUGUUAUACUUGUUAAAUGCAUACAAAAUGAGUUCACUCAUUACAAAGACUAAAAUUUAAUUUACUAAAUAUUUUAACAAAUUUGUUAUAUAUUUUAUUUAAGUAAAAAAAAAAUCUCUUACUGACCUAUGUAUUUAUUGUUAUGAUUUACUAUGGCUUCAGGUUAAUUUAUCUGUGUUUGGUUGUUUGCUCAGGAUGUUCUGUGAAGUAUGUUUGUAUUUAUUUGCCUCCUUUGUACUUGAUGUGUUUUGUAAUGUGCACUGAUUUUUUUUUCUUUUUGUUUUUCUUUUUUUCGUGUUUUAAUGCAUUGAUGAGCUAUACUGUAAAUUAGACCUUUUGUAAAGAGCAAUGACGUAUGCAUUUUUUAAUUUGGAGUAGUUUGUAUACUGUUUCUUCAUACGAUUAAUAUUUCUUACAUCAAAACAACAAAAUUGUGUUCUGUGCUGUACAUUUGGUGUAUGGUAGGAAAUAAAAUUGAUAAUGAAACAUUGCA